AUGGACGCACCGGUGACGCCGACCUCGGCGUCGCCCUCGCCCCCGGCGCAGCGCGCGCAGGGGGGCGACGCAGCGCAGGCACAGGUGCCGCGCGCACAGCUGCCGAUCGACGAGAUUGUGCGGCGCGACCUCGAGACGCGGACACGCGCCGUGGUCGACGCGCUGUACGAACUCGCGACGCGCGCCGCCGACGUCCAGCCGAGCGCACAGCUGGGCGAGAGCGUCCUCGUCGACGCAGGGCGUAAUCCAGACAGCCACACGCGCACGUUUGUCAACCGGCUCGCGAGCGAGAACCAGUACUCGGUCGGCCAACACGCAUCGAUCCGCGCCUAUCGCGACGCACUCGGCGCGGCGCUCGGCGAGGCGUUCCCAGAGCUCAAGCCGAGCUUGGACGAGGAGAUGCGCCACACGAGCUAG